AUGACUAAGUUUGACAACGCUGUUGGAGAGAUUUUUUCAAAAUCAAAUAAUGAACAGCCGUCACCCUUCAUAACUACCGCUGCUGCCAUAGUCAACGACUGGCCUCGAGACCAGUCCCGUUCGAACCGCCACCUCUCCCUCGUCAUUUCUCGACUAGUCUCAGCCACCACCGUCCACUGUGCUCGCUAG